ACUUGUGGGAGAUAAUCCAGUAGGGAGUCAUGUUCAAUCGAUUCGGGCCGAAAACACUUAGUUCUUGUAAACAAAUCUGAAUCGGUUUAGGUUCAGCUACCCCCAAAUCAGAUCUACUUUCCCACCACCAUAGAUCUUACCCACUCAAUUCACACAUUCUUAGCUACUCAAAACAACAGCAUGGAUGAUCCAAAUGCGAGACCAUGCAAUGCUUCUAUGAUUUGGUGAUUUCAGUCUUUCAGAUCCAAAUAGGCCCACCUUCUCCUCUUCCUAAUGGGUUCUUCACAGUCAAUACAGAUACCUUCUGAAGAUGAACAGCAAGAAGAAGAUGAAGAUGAAGAAGAACAUAAUAUCCAAACCGAAAGAAGACAAAUGUUGGGUGAUGAUAAUCUAGUCAAGAAAAUUUUAGAACAAGAGCCCGAAAUGUUGCCGUGCCACGCGUCGGCUUCUCCGCUUUCACCGCAGCUGUCCACUUACGGAACGCCGCGAUUGGGGCCAUCGAUCAAGGUGUGGGACCCUUACAAUGUCCUGGCUCCUCCUCCGCCUUUGCCUCCACCGCCGCAGUUCUCUAGGAGCUUCUCCACCCCCUCGGAUGUCGUGGAGGACGAUCGGACGGUCACUGUGGUGUAUUUGAUCAGUCACGGGGAAUGGCACAUGAAUUUGAGGCCGGAUUUGAUCCCGGGUCGGUGCCCCGAGGCGGCAUUAACUCCCAACGGAAAGCGUCAGGCCAGAGCUUUGGCAGUGUUCCUGAAAUCGCAAGGGAUUCAGUUAAAUUCUGUUUACACCUCGCCAUUGAAUCGAGCACGUGCCACUGCUCUCUCUGUUUGCCAGGAGUUAAAUUUUUUGGAGGAACGGAUACAACCUUCAGAUGCAUUGGUGGAGAUGAGCCAGGGACUCUGGGAAGGAUGCCACCGAUCAGAAAUUUUUACACCUGAAACGAUGAGCUUCAUGGAGAGAUUCCAGCCUGAUUUUUCUGCACCAUCUGGGGAAUCACUGAGGCAGGUGGAAUUCCGGAUGGUUCAGUUCCUAAACGGUACAGUUUUGGCAUUGCCUGAAAAAUAUAAAUCCGUUUUCUCCCCACCAGAACAGAGUGAGAACCCGGUCUUUCAAAACCACAGUUCUCAUGCUCCUUCAAAUUUGAUGCCCGACCAAGAUGGGCCAUCCCUCCCGCCACACCAUUGGGAUUUGCUUCACAGGAAUCGGCAAGGGCUUUCAAGGAAGAAAUCUGGGAAGAGCAGGCUUCAGAUUGUGACUACGACUGGGGAUAACGAGGCUGAUGACGAGAUGUCUCCUCGAGUACCCAUUAACCAAGGGUCAAUUCGUGACAUAAAUGUCAGAAGCACCCCGUCGUCAGCAUCUUCUUGUAUUGGUAUUUUCACACACUCGGUCCCAAUCAAGUGUCUCCUGACUGGCAUCCUUGGAUGCAGUCCGGCAAUGUCGCAUAAGAUUUGCAUAGAAGAUUCGUCUGUCACAGUACUACAACACACUUGGAAACUCGGUUGGCAAAUCAAGAGAUCAAAUGAUACUUCACAUCUCAGGCUUCUGUAAUGAUUAUAAGAUUCUUUUUGAUGGAAAUUGAGAACAUACAUGCAGUCACUUAUUUGGGGCUGUAAGAUUCAACAUCACACGUACUUGUGGUUAUGUUUUUGUUUACUUUUAACCUUAUUUAUAUUUAUCUCCAGGGUUUACUGCUCCA